UCUUGCUUUCUUCGCAUUUGCCACCAAUCUAACGUGCUUCUGCAUCACCAACCUUCGCACAAUACCAUCUCUGCCCUUUUGCUUUUUCCCCUCCAUCAUUGACUUCACUUCUGCCACUCAACUCUUUCAAAAACAUGCACGAGGUGAAUGGUUGUCAUCAUGUUACACCUCCAUCUCACUCUUUCUUAACCUUUUAACUAGUCAAUUGCUUUUCAGUUUUCACCCCUUUUGAAUUUUGAAUCUCAUUCUAAAUUUCCACCAACAUUAAUUUCUCAGUGGUGGAAUUGGAAAUUUUGUUAUAUAGAAAGUCUUUAGGAAUUGAUGGAGCACAAUGCUCUAGGUGGUGGAAUAUUUCCCAACAUAAGUAGUGGUUUGCUAGGAGUAGAAAACCCUAUACAGCAACAACAACCAAACCUUCAAAACCAGCAAAACUCUCACCCUUUGCACCAUCCCCAAAUGGUUUCCUAUGCCACUGACCCACAUCAACAACAACCACAGCAAUCAAUCAAACAUGGCUACAACUAUUCAGCAACAAAGAGCAACAAGCCACAAAUCACACUCAGUGAUGAAGAUGAACCCGGGUUCACUGCAGAAGAUAACAGCUCUGGGGACCCCAAGAGGAAGGUGUCACCAUGGCAUAGAAUGAAGUGGACUGACACCAUGGUAAGGCUCUUAAUAAUGGCUGUUUAUUACAUCGGAGACGAGGCUGGUUCAGAAGGCACUGACCCCACCAAGAAGAAAGCCACAGGGUUGCUUCAAAAGAAAGGUAAGUGGAAAUCAGUGUCAAGGGGCAUGAUGGAAAAGGGUUACUACGUGUCUCCUCAGCAAUGUGAAGACAAGUUCAACGAUCUGAACAAGAGGUACAAGAGGGUCAACGACAUUCUUGGCAAGGGCACAGCUUGUAGGGUGGUGGAGAAUCAAAGUUUGUUAGACACUAUGGAUCUGUCACCAAAGAUGAAGGAAGAAGUAAGAAAGUUGCUGAACUCCAAGCACUUGUUCUUCAGGGAAAUGUGUGCUUACCACAACAGUUGUGGCCACAACAACUGUGGCACUUCGAACGUGCAACAACAGUCAACUGAGGCUCAACCACAUGGUACUCCGCAACAGCAACAUCAGCAUCAGCAUCAGCAAUGCUUGCAUUCAUCAGAAAAUGGAGUAGGGAGUCUGAGAAUGUUGAAAGAGGACGAGGAUGAGGACGAGGAGGAGGAUUCGGAGGAGGAUUCCGAUGAGGAGGAAGAGGAAUCAGGAGAUGAGAAUGAUGUGAUGAGGAAGAGGGCAAAGAAGGUAGGGUUCGGUGUGUCAUCAUCAUCAUCAUCAUCGUUAUCUCAGGUGAUGCAGCAGUUGAGUGGUGAAGUGAGUGGUGUGUUGCAAGAUGGAGGGAAGAGUGGUUGGGAGAAGAAGCAGUGGAUGAAGAAGAGGGUGGUGCAGUUGGAGGAACAGCAAGUGAGUUAUCAAAUGCAGGCGUUUGAGUUGGAAAAGCAACGGUUGAAGUGGGCAAGGUUUAGCAGCAAGAAGGAGAGGGAGAUGGAGAGAGAUAAGCUUCAAAAUGAACGAAGGAGGUUGGAGAUCGAGAGAAUGGUUUUGCUAAUUCGCCAGAAGGAGCUUGAAUUGCUUAAUAUUCAGCCGCAGCAGCAGCAUCAACAGCAACAUUCUUCUACCUAGGCCAGAAGAAAUUAAUAACUGUGUAAAUUUUAUGUAUGGUAGUCGAAAUAGAGAAAUGAUUGUUCAUUUUCUGGGGUGAUCGUUCAAAGUAAUUUGAAACAUGCAUGUAGUAUGCUUGUAUGUACUUAGAUUGUAGACAGUGUUUUUCUGUCUUGUUUUAAAUAAAUAUUUAGCAAGUUUUAUCAUUAAAUAUUGUUGUUUGAUAAA